GUUGAGGUAACAGUCACGGCGCGUGCUCUUCUCUGCCAGCAUGUGUGCGCCUCUUGAACACAAACUUGAAUCCACGCUGAAGGGAACCGUAUUUUUGGCAGUAUAUUAGAGUGAGCCAACCAAGUGCAAAGGAAGUUUGGCUUCAACCGAAGUAGUGUCUCAACCAAACACGAACUUGGAGAUUGAGAAAAACGCCCCUGACUGAACGUAAAGGAUAAAUGAGACGAUUAGUAUUGUUCUGGAAGAUGUUACCGCGUCCGAAAAUGCAGCCACUACCGUUUGCAAAGUGAUUGACAUAUUGGAUAAUUGAGUAGUAUUCUUUUAACUGCUGUUUACUCAAUUAAUUCAGCAAUCUUGAAGACGUUGAUUAGAUAUACGAUGUCGAGAGUGUAAUGUGAUGCCCGAGUGGAAUCCAGGGCCAGCGCUUUCUGACGAUGUGGUUGUAACUGAUGGAAUUUUGACUCGAAAACAACUGGAAAAUAUCCCUGAAACGCCACCAUGUAUAUAGGCUUAUCUUUGAUCUGCCUCAUCCUCUCCUUCCUGCACCCGAUGCCAGCUUCUAGUGCCAAUGCGAGAGCAUCGGCGUCCGACAGUGCCAACAGACACAUGGGCUACCUAGACAAAGAGGGCAUCCUAGAUUUUCUUGACAAGAUCUCGAACGACCUGAACCGUCUAGUCGUCGUCCUGAAAGGCCUGCCUACUAUUAGUGCGACCACAGGUCCGAGUACGACAUCCCUUGGCUCUCUCACGACUAUACCUGGUGGUCUAGUCACCACUACUUCUCCAGAUGGUUACACUCCUCUGAUCCCUCCCGGAAAUAGUACGACCACUGCAACCACGACCUCUCCUGGUUUAAACACACCUUCCACUACCUUUCCUAAUAGUAACGUGACCAUCACAUUUUCUCCUGAAUUGAAUGUCACCACUACGACCUCUGCUCAAGGCAAUAUGACCUCUCCUGAAGGUAAUAUGACUACACCUAUCUAUCCUGAAAGUAACACGACAACAACGACCUUUCCAGAAAGUAACAUGACUACUACGACCUUUCCUGAAGUCAACAUGACCACUACGACCUCUCCUGAAGUUAAUAUGACCUCCCCUGAAGGCAACAUGACCACGACGACCUUUCCUGAAGGCAACAUGACCACUACGACCUCUCCUGAAGUUAAUAUGACCUCCCCUGAAGGCAACAUGACCACUACGACCUCUCCUGAAGGCAACAUGACCACGGCGACCUCUCCUGAAGUUAAUAUGACCUCCCCUGAAGGCAACAUGACCACGACGACCUUUCCUGAAGGCAACAUGACCACGGCGACCUCUCCUGAAGUUAAUAUGACCUCUCCUGAAGGCAACAUGACCACGACGACCUUUCCUGAAGGCACCAUGACCACUACGACCUCUCCUGAAGUUAAUAUGACCUCCCCUGAAGGUAACAUGACAACAACGACUUUUCCUGAAGGCAAUAUGACCACUACGACCUCUCCUGAAGUUAAUAUGACCUCCCCUGAAGGCAACAUGACCACGGCGACCUUUCCUGAAGGCAACAUGACCACGACGACCUCUCCUGCGGUUAAUAUGACCUCCCCUGAAGGCAACAUGACCAUGACGACCUCUCCUGAAGUUAAUAUGACCUCCCCUGAAGGCAACAUGACCACCACGACCUCCCCUGAAGGCAACAUGACAACAACGACUUUUCCUGAAGGCAACAUAACCACGACGACCUCUCCUGAAGUUAAUAUGACCUCCCCUGAAGGCAACAUGACCACCACGACCUCCCCUGAAGGCAACAUGACCACCACGACCUCCCCUGAAGGCAACAUGACAACAACGACUUUUCCUGAAGGCAACAUGACCACCAGGACCUCCCCUGAAGGCAACAUGACAACAACGACUUUCCCUGAAGGCAACAUGACAACAACGACUUUCCCUGAAGGCAACAUGACAACAACGACUUUCCCUGAAGGCAACAUGACAACAACGACCUCUCCUGAAGGCAACAUGACCACCACGACUUUCCCUGAAGGCAACAUGACAACAACGACCUCCCCUGAAGGCAACAUGACAACAACGACUUUCCCUGAAGGCAACAUGACAACAACGACCUCCCCUGAAGGCAACAUGACAACAACGACUUUUCCUGAAGGCAACAUGACCACGACGACCUCUCCUGAAGUUAAUAUGACCUCUCCUGAAGGCAACAUAACCACGACGACCUCCCCUGAAGGCAACAUGACCACGACGACCUCUCCUGAAGUUAAUAGGACCUCUCCUGAAGGCAACAUGACCACGACGACCUUUCCUGAAGUUAAUAUGACCUCCCCUGAAGGCAACAUGACCACGACGACCUCUCCUGAAGUUAAUAUGACCUCUCCUGAAGGCAACAUGACCACGACGACCUCCCCUGAAGGCAACAUGACCACGACGACCUCUCCUGAAGUUAAUAUGACCUCUCCUGAAGGCAACAUGACCACGACGACCUCCCCUGAAGGCAACAUGACCACGACGACCUUUCCUGAAGGCAACAUGACCACGACGACCUUUCCUGAAGGCACCAUGACCACGACGACCUCUCCUGAAGUUAAUAUGACCUCCCCUGAAGGCAACAUGACCACGACGACCUUUCCUGAAGGCAACAUGACCACGACGACCUCUCCUGAAGUUAAUAUGACCUCCCCUGAAGGCAACAUGACCACGACGACCUCUCCUGAAGUUAAUAUGACCUCCCCUGAAGGCAACAUGACCACCACGACUUUCCCUGAAGGCAACAUGACCACCACGACCUCCCCUGAAGGCAACAUGACAACAACGACUUUUCCUGAAGGCAACAUAACCACGACGACCUUCCCUGAAGGCAACAUGACCACGACGAUCUCUCCUGAAGGCACUAUGACCACGACGACCUUUCCUGAAGGCAACAUGACCACCACGACCUCUCCUGAAGUUAAUACGACCUCCCCUGAAGGUAACACAACGAUCUCUCCUGAAGGCAGUAUGACCACUACGACCUUUACUGAAACCAACAUGACCAUGACGACCAUUCCAGAAGCCAACAUGACCACAACUACCUCUCCUAAGGGCAAUACGACUACGAUGACCACUCCUGAAGGCAAGAUGACAACAACAUCCCCUGAUGGCAAUACGACCUCCCCUGAAAUCAACAUGACCACCACGACCUCUCCUGAAGGCAACAUGACCACAACGAUCUCUCUUGAAGGUAAUACGACCUCCCCUGAAGGCAGCAUGACCACUGCGACCUCUCCUGAAGGGAACAUGACCAGAACAACCUCACCUGAAGGAAACACGACCACAGCGACCUCUCCUGAAGGCAAUACGACCUCUCCUGAAAGCAACAUGACCACAACGAGUUCUCCUGAAGGCAACACGACCACGACAACCUCUCCUGAAGGCAAUACGAUCUCCCCCGGUAACAUGACCACGACGACCUCCCCUGAAGGCAACAUGACCACAACGACCUCCACUGAAAGUAACAUGACCACAACGACCUCCCUUGAAGGCAAUACGACCUCUCCUGAAGGCAACACGAACUUGACGACCUAUCCUGAAGGUAAUUCGACUACUGUGACAUUCCCUACAGGUAACUUGGCCGCAGUGAGCUCUCCUGAAAGUGACACGGCUGUAACUACCUUACCUGAAGGCAAUACAAGCACAAAUACUUCUUCUGGACACAAUGUGACCGCCAUGACCACUGUAACCUCUCCUAAUAUCGCCAAGACACCGACGACUGACAACAGCAUAACCACAGCCUCGGCUUUUCUUGAAAAUAAUCCUUCCUUCACAUCUCUUCCGAUCAUCGCCAAUCACAGUAAAUAUAUCACGACGACCUCUGGUAACUAUGGAGCAACGACCCCAUCUUUCAUUGGUAGCGCUUCCCCGGCACUUUACCAUGGCACUCAAGAUAAGAAUGUUUCUGGUGACAGACUAUUUACUACGCCCUCCUCCUCUCGGAUACCCAAUGGAACUCUGGACGAGGAGGUUGUGCCUAGUGGUGAAGAGUCACUUGAUUUUACGAAUUCUCAUUUGCCUUACGUAACUGAACCAUCUGGGAUUACCACGCAACACAGUGUGUCAACGAGUGCAGCUGAUGUAGCAACUGAAAAUACAGCCAGUUCCCAAAAUUCUAAGCUACAAAUUCCAAUCUUAAAGAAAUUUUCCAAAAAGAAAAGGAACAGAAACCAAGAAAAAAUGCGUUUUCGACGAGCGGUGAGGGGAGUGCCAUUUGCCAGUAUUGUUGAUAAAAGCAUGUUACAACAUGAUGCGUUUUCUACACACAAAUCAUUAAACAUGCAACGCAAACAACACAGAUUGAUCCCUAGUAAAGUUCUUUAUCCCUCAAAGAAAGAGUCAUUCUCUCAAGGAGAGUGGAACACCACUGAAAGUCCUGUGGAUUCAGCAGACGACCAUAUUCGUGGUCUGGCACACAUCCUACAGACACUUACUACUGAUCUCCAAGAUGCCGUGAGAGAGGAUGCAGGUCCAUCCGAGUUUCUGGCUCUCAUGAACGAUGAAACACAACUUAGAUCUCUAACGGAAACACUAGAGAAAUCAAACACCCUUAUCAGCAUAGAGGAAAAAGACCACCUCUCCCGACUGACCAAUUUCACUCGCAUGUCGCUUAGCAUGGCCCAGGAAAUCGUCCAGCUGCGACUGUCUGCCAUCGCAGAGGCUGGUACUAGGCAGGUGAUCCUGGGUGUUAUAGUGAGUGGCUGCAUCUUUCUAGUCAUGAUACUAGCGUGGACGUGCCGCAGGCACAGAAGGACGCCAAGCAAUCCAGACUCACGGGAUAACCUCUCCCCUGAGCGAAAUUUUGCAUCUCCAGCGACUUACAGCCUCUCCCGUCCUUUGUCGCAAUCUUCCAUAAUCCAUUCAAGUAACAGAGACUCUUCUGAAGUUCCUCAACCAGAUUACGCAACGUCAGCUACCCAAGGCGGAGCAGAGCAUGGGCGAAGGGGUGACGCGAUGCCUCUCCACCACUACCCCAGUGGAAGACCAAACGAACGACCUAUAUAAUUAUGUCGUCUUAUUAUUCAGUAAUGUUAUUAUUUUAUAUGAACGUUAUGAUGAACGUCUUAUUUUAGUAAAUAAAUAGUUUUAAGUUAA